GGAAUCUCCGUGCAUCUUUAAGAAAACUGUCUGUUUUAAUAUAAAUAUAUUCCAAGUUUAUUGGUUGGUAGUAAUAUAAAAGGAUACAUCGCGCGGCGGAAUAUUAAUCUCUUAAAACACUCUUGAAUGUGACAUCGACUGAACAUGUCAUUCAGUCGUUGUUUUUUUUUUUUUUUAGUUUUUGUUAUUAUGGCCGCAAUUUCGUAUUUACGAGCGUUGUCGUUACCUAGAAUGAAAGAGUAAUCGUCAGCAACACUGAGGUGCAGAUCAGCUGUUGAGUGCUUGGAACAGGGAGGAAGUGAUGCAGGAAAAUGCCCGUGAUGAAGCUCCACUAAAAGGGGGAAGCACAAAGAAAUAGGCUGCUGUAAUUUGCCCCUAACUCUUUUCGACGAGCGACCAGUAAUCGAAGACAAAUUGUUAAUAGACUCUGUCUAGGUUUAGCGAUGCGUCGUAUUUAUUUUACUGCGCUGCCAUCGAUGUAUAUUGUGAAGUUAUUCUUUUUAGCUGCCUGCUAGCUCGGCAGCUAAUGUGAGUUAACGCGACGAGUUUGCUUCAGUUUAUUUCUUCCCGUACUUUAAACGUAUUACAUUGUUUGUUUUCUCUGCUGUGCUGAUUUUUGUUUCACACUACAGCGGUGUCCAAAAAGCAUUGCAGAUGUCAAGGUCACAAUGAUGGAAAAGCGCAGAAAGGGACUGUGAUCUUUGGCCAAUGCCAUUUGAGGGAAUAGUUUGUUUUUUACAAGUGGCAGUACAAGACCUGGAUCGAGGUAGAUUUGACACAGGCCUGAGGGUAUGUUGAGACAUUUGGACAGGCCAGAGCAGAGGCGUUUAGGUGGUUCCGACGGGGACUGAAGGUGAGGGGGAUCGACAGACGGGUGACCAGGCAGGAAGACAUGGGCCAGUGUGUCACCAAGUGCAAGAAUCCGACGUCCUCGCUCGGCAGCAAGAGUGGCGACAAGGAGAGCGGCUCCAAGUCUCACCACAAGAAAGGCAGCUGCGCGGGUAGCGGCGGAGGCCACAAGGAGGAUCCCAGCGCCCCGAACAGCAGCAGCAAGCCCGGCAACGAGCUGUCAAAUGGCACCAAGGCCCUCGAGGUUACCGUGGAGACCCCCGUUAUCUCGACGUUAAUAGGAGACCUGCGUAAGGAGGAGAGCCCGGAUAAAGACGGGCUGUCCAUAAAGCACAUCGAGGAGCUGUUUUGCUGCUACAAGGAUGAGCAAGAGGACGCCAUCUUGGAGGAAGGCAUGGAGAGGUUCUGCAACGACCUGUGUGUGGACCCGGCAGAGUUCCGUGUGCUUGUUCUCGCCUGGAAGUUUCAAGCAGCCACCAUGUGCAAGUUUACAAGGAAGGAGUUUGUUGAGGGCUGCAAGGCAAUCCAGGCAGACAGCCUUGAAGGCAUCUGCUCCCGCUUCCCCUGCAUGCUACUUGAUGCCCAGGGCGAGGAGAACUUCAAGGACCUUUACCGCUUCACCUUCCAGUUUGGCCUGGACGCAGACGAGGGCCAGCGCUCGCUACAGCGGGACAUUGCCAUUGCACUGUGGCGCCUGGUGUUCACUCAGGACAUGCCUCCUAUCUUGGAGCACUGGCUGGACUUCCUGGCAGAGAACCCUUCAGGCGUCCGGGGCAUCUCGAGGGACACGUGGAACAUGUUCCUCAACUUCACCCAAGCUAUCGGGCCCGACCUGAGCAACUACAGCGAGGACGAGGCCUGGCCCAGCCUCUUUGACACCUUUGUGGAGUGGGAAUUGGAGCGCAGGAAAAAAGAGGAGGUACUGAUGGCUAAAGAUGCAGAGGGGAUGCUGACUGAGACGGAGUGUUCUCCUAGCACAGACAGGCUUGAAACAGAGGGCAGUCGUGGAUCACAGACGUGGGGGGGACACUGACCUGUGAACAAGAAACGUUUGUAAGGGAGGAAACCUAUAUGUAAACUGCACAUUUGUCAACCAUGGGAUGAAUAUUAGUAUUACCAUUACAUCUGGUCAUUUUUCUGUUGGGAUGGGAUUCCUGCAUUGCAGUUUUUGUGUGUUUUGAAAGGGCUCUAUGAACUGACAUUUUAAGCACUUCUAUUUAAGUUAUUGCUAGAACCCUGCUCCCUGUGUGUGUUUUGAAAGGGAAAAUGCACUUUUUAAAAAUAUUUUGCUCAUCAUCCACAAUCCUGUAAGACAUGAACACGUGUCUUUCUCUUUUCUGUGUGUUCUAAAGAUAUAAAAACAGAUAAAACGAGACAGCUCAUUACUGCACGUAAUGGGACACACCUAAACCGCCCACAAAGACUGCUAUUAAAACACCAACAGGGUUUUAUAUACAUGCUGUGACCAUGUAGUAACAGGUACAUUCUUUAACAUGUAAUACCUACAGUAUUUUGCCGUAUUUUGGUCCUUGUAAGCAUUACCCGAACUUCCUUCCUGGGUGCAUUGAUUUCACAUAGCAACAGAAAUGAACGCCUACACCUCACGUUAACUUUUCCAAACUCAAAAAUAAAAACAUAGCUUGAUGUUUCAUAGUGCUCUGUGGCAUUGAGAGAGCAGCGGUAAAGCUCUGUGGGCGAGUGUAUGGUGAAGCUAGUUGCUAGCCGGUGUGGCAAAGUAUUAAUACGCUAGUGAUGUUGUUCGAUCAGCGUAACAAUGUUAUUAACAACGGCGCUGUAGCUUGGUCAAUAUGAACGUCACAUUAUAUGUAAAUGGAGCGUUGUUGGUGCAUUUUUUAGGUUUUUUUCACAAGGCUUUAUAGGCGGAAGAAGUUUCUUUUUAUCUUUAAUAACUUUGGAAUGCACCGAACAGAGAGACCUGUGUUCAUGUCUCAUAAGGAUUGUGGAUGAUGGACAAA